GUUCUCCACUUCCGUCACCGCACACAUGGCUGCUGUUCGCCCGUGACUGACUUCAUCUGAGCAGCAGCGUCGAGUCGGUCUGUAAAGUCUGUAAACACGUGCUACACCGGUGAUUCCUAAACGGUCUGACCGGGGUGGAGCUGUUUGUCCCGGUAUGGUCUGGAUUAGCAGAGCCUGCUGGCGGAAGUAUGGGAACUUUGUGGAUAACCUGCGGCUGUAUGUUAAAGGUGGGAGCGGUGGCAUGGGCUUACCCCGUCUGGGGGGGCAGGGUGGAAAUGGAGGAGACGUGUGGGUGGUGGCUAAAAAAGACCUCACCCUGAAGCAGAUAAAGGACAGGUAUCCCCAGAAGCGCUUUGUUGCUGGUGUGGGCUCCAAUAGCAGCGUCCGUGCGCUCAAAGGGGCGAGAGGAGGGGACGUACAGAUUUUUGCUCCAGUUGGGAUCUCUGUGACCUCAGAUGAUGGAAGGAUCCUGGGAGAGCUGAACCAUGAAGAGGACAGGGUUUUGGUUGCUAGAGGUGGCCAAGGGGGAUCUCUUCACUCUGCAUUUUUACCCAGUAAAGGCCAAAUCCGUCAAGUUCGUCUGGACCUCAAACUCAUCGCAGACUUGGGUCUAGUAGGGUUCCCUAAUGCGGGUAAAUCCUCUUUACUGACUGCCUUGUCUCAUGCCACUCCUGAGAUUGCCAGCUACCCUUUCACAACUAUGAGGCCCGAGAUUGGGAAGGUCAUAUAUGAGGACCAUAAGCAGGUGUCGGUUGCAGAUCUGCCUGGCUUGAUAGAGGGCGCUCACAUGAACAGAGGCAUGGGCCACAAGUUUCUGAAGCAUGUUGAGAGAACGAAGCAGCUCAUGUUUGUGGUUGAUGUGUGCGGGUUUCAGUUGGCCAAUAACACACCGUUUAGAUCUGCCUUUGAGGCAGUGCAGCUACUUACAAAGGAGCUGGAGUUGUACAAAGAGGAGCUUCUGGCCAAGCCGGCCAUCCUGGUGGUCAAUAAAAUGGACCUGCCUGAGGCUGAAGAGAAGCUGAGAAAGCUGGAGGCACAGCUGGAGAAUCAGGAAGAGCUGAGUCAGCUCCUGCCUGAGGACAUGAUCCCCAGCACUUUUCUCCAUUUCAAACACACUGUUCCUAUCUCCGCCCUGACCGGCCUCGGACUGCCCCGCCUCAAAGCCCUCAUCCGCCAGUCGCUGGAAGAGCAGGACGCCAUGGAAACGGAGAGCCAGCGUGCAGACAGACUGCAGGAGCUGAGAAGGGAGGUUCCAGUUGUUGCUAAGCCUGCCUGGGGGCAGCCUCAGUCAGCCUGGGAGCCCUCAUAGAGCCUUUAACUUGGAACUACUGCAGUAGAGGUGGGCAGUAUGGCAAAAAUGUCAAAUAUCAUGACAUUUUCAUGAUACACAAAAAGUAUUUUUUCAGUGGGGUUUGAUAUGUUGGAACAGAGACAAUACAUCAAUAGUGCACUAUUUAAAAAUGGGCAUCUCCACAUCAGAGUCAGUUAAGCUGUCAUGGGCUCUCGGUUGAGAAUUGAACCUGUGAUUUCCUAUCAGUGGAGUAAAGCUGAAACAGGCCUAUUUUUAAAGAAAUGUAGUAGGUCAGUGUUGUGAUUGGGUGCUGAUGAUACCCAUGAUACCCUCAGACUGGUGUAUAGUGACAAAUCUUUGUGACAUAUUUCCCACCUUCUAUUUAAGGUUUAAAUUACAUUUAAAUUACACAUGAAACAGUAACAGAUCUAAAGGUUACAAAUUCCGUAUUGAUAUCUGGAUGUAUUUUCUCUGUAAAAUGUGGAAUUGGUGCCUUUUUGAAAUGAUUGAUGACUGAUGGUUUGCACUAUACUUUCACAUAAUUAACUAUUCCAACAGGAGUCUAUUUAACUCUUUAUUUCAGUGGAAUUACAUGAAAUUAGUCCAUAUCAUGCCCCUAUUAAGAACUCUGAGCCCAGGUGUUUUGCGAAAAUUGCUGCUCUCCCAUCCUGUGGUAAACAGAAAUGUUCCAAACUGGAUACGUUUUGCAGUACAUACAUUUGUUCUGCUGAGCAUGACUGGAUCCUCUAAAAAUGACGAGGUCGUUAAAGAGUCUAAAUAUGAUUACUACAUACAGGUUGACAAGCUGCCUGUGCAUCGAAAUGACAUGAUAAAACUGUCAAAUUCAACAAAACGCACCAAACAAACCAGCAAGCUUUGUCAGGUGUAGUAAAAUUGCUUUGGCAGUGGCAGCUACAGUUUGAGUAGGUGGUGCUGGUGUAUAAUACUGUUAAUGUGUAGUAUUAGACUUGCUUUCAUGCAAUGUUAUUCCAUUGACUGCAUGUAGCAAUAUUGAUACCUUGAGAGCUCAAUGACCUCAUUUUAAGGAUCCAGUGAAAUUUGGGGGAAAUAUGUGCAUAGAACAAAAACUGGGUCAAUAGCAAAGAUUUCUGAAAGUUGUUGAUUUUUCCCAUUGAGGAAUCUGCUUAGACCCUUGGUUCCUAAUAUGGGAAUGAUGCCAGCUGCAGAAUGAUGACCCAACAAGGUAGUUUUUUGGUGUUUUGGCAUUGAUCUUAUUCAUAUCAUAUUAAUUUCAUGGGAAAAGAAUUUCACAGCCCUCCUCAGACCUGCUGACGGUGUGGACAAUUGAAUUGUGUCUUCGGGUUUCUUCUAUGAAUCAAGUGAUCAGAUUUAUUUAUGGCUUUUAUUUUCUACAGUUGUACCUUGAUGAGUAAAACCUUACUUGUUCUUCUAGAGCAUCAAAUGACA